UCGCUCAGCUGGAGGAGGAGAUUCGAGCCAAGGCACAAGGCGCCUCCUCGCACUCCUCCCCUUCCCCCUCCCCCUCCCUCGCCUCCUUCCCUUCCUGCUCCUCCUCCUCCUCCGCAGCCUCUGACAGCGACCAGGGCAAGCCGGCCAAGCCUGCUGUGCCUUCUGCUACUCCAUCUGCUGCUGCUGCUGCUGCUGCUGCUGCUGCUGCUGCUGCCGCUGGUGGUACUGCGGCAAUGGCACUGGGGUCAGGAGCAGGUGUGACAGCUGCUGCUGGGGACGCUCCGCCUGCAUCCGCCGGCACAGGAAAGGCAGAGAGGCAGUUGGCGGAAGCAGAGGCGGAGAGGGAUCGGCUGCAGGCACGGGUGAAGGAGCAGGGGGAGCAGCUGGAGGGCGCGAGGAGCGAGGCACAGGGGCUGCGAGAGAGGAUGCGGCAGAUGGAGCUGCGGGCGCUGGAAAUGGAAGGGCUGCUGUCCAUGCUCAGACAGCAGAUGCCCACGCUUGAUCUCCCUGUCCCUCUGCCCCUCCCGCUGCCGCUCCCGCUGCCUCGCGCUGUGAGCCCUGAGUUGUCAAAUGAGCUCCAGGCUGCUUCCCAUGUUGACACCCAAGCUCAAGCUCACGCUCCUGUUGUUCCCGCUCCUCCUCCGGCUGAUGCUGCUGGUGGUGCUGGGAGCGGUUCUGCACCUGCCAUUGCUGGAAUGAGCAGCAGCGACGAGAAGGAGUGGGAGCAGGGAGUGGUGGGGAAGAUGUACGAAGGCGGGGAGGGAGUGGAUGGAGCAGGGAUGGUCCACCCUGUAGCAUCCACCCCUCCGCUCUCCCCAUCUCUCGCUGCCUCGCAGCCCCAAGCCACAUCCAUGUUUGAAUCCCCCAUUCUCGCGCCAGAUUCGCCGCUGCUUCCUCAGCCGAGCACCUCCCCUCUUCCCUCACCGAGCGUCAGUCUGGAGUGUCUGGCUAUGGGGGCUCAGCUGGAGGCACAGGCAGCACGGGCGGAGGAGAAGGCAGAGAGUGGUGGUGGCAGGGGUGGCGUUCAUAAAGACUUUGGGCGGUUUGGAGGAGCAGGGGAUGUGGAGAAGCGCUGGCAAGCGCAGCUGCAGCAGCAACAGCAGCAGCAGCAGCAGCAGCAGCAGCAGAAGAAGAAAGAGGUGGGAUGCGGAGAGCGGGCUUUGGACGGGCUGUAUAGCCGACCUGCUGCUGGCUCGGCUGAUGACGCUGCUGAUGCUGGUAGCGCUGGUGCUGGUGCUGCUGGUUCUGGUGCUGGCGCUGGUGCUGGUGCUGCUGCUGGUGCUGCUGCUGGUGCUGGUGCUGGUGGUUUGGAGAGGAAAGAGAGCAAGGGAAGAGGAGAUGUUGGUUUUUCUACUGAGCAGGGCGGAGGGAGGGGCGGAAGGGUGGAUCAGGAGGGCAAAGAGGCGCGGGACGGGAAGGGAGGGAAGGAGGGGAGCGCGAACGGCAGUGGGAGGAGUGGAGGAACAAAGGGCCUGGCCCGUGCCCUGUCUGGUAUCCUGGGCAGCCCCAGGAGGCGAGAUGCUGGUCCGUCAGCAGCAGUAGCAGCAGCAGCAGGAGGAGGAGGGGGAGGUGGAGGAGGGAUAGGAGGGGGAGGAGGAAGGGGAGGGGCAGGGGAGCCGUUGCUACGCAGGAGCUUCUCGCCCAUGCGGUCCACCAGAGGGUGGCUGGGAGUAGGCGCAGGUGGAGGAGCCGGUAUGGCGCCUGGCGCUGCUGCUGCUGCUGCUGCUGCAGCUGCAAACAAAGCGGCACUGGCAGCGGCAGCGGGAGGUUCAGCUGCUGGGGCGGGUAACAGCAGCGGGAGUGAGGUGCUGUGGGCUUGUCACGCGAGCAACACGACUUCGAGCAGCUGCAACACCACUGGGAAUGACGCUGCGCACAGUGCAAGCACGGGGAUGAUGCAGCGCGGUGGCGUUCGGAACAGCCACGGUAGUAACAGUAACGCCUUUGCGUGUACUGCCUCGAGUUACAUGCAGCGGGCCAGCGUGAGCCAAUCAGGAAUCGCCACGUCAGUCACCUCCUUGCACGCUGCUGGCUCGGAUGCUUCAGGUGGGGGAACAGCAGCAGUGGUAACACCUGGGGUUACACCUGGAGUCACACCUGGGGCUACACCUGGCGCCACACCUGGUGCCACCCCUGGUGCCACUCCUGCUGUGUCCGUAUCUGCAUCCCUGGUCUCCCUGUCAGGGGUGAGUGAGAGUGUGGAGGGGCCAGUAUGGAACGAGGUGAUGAUGUUUGGAGGAGGAGGAGGGGCGAGUGGAGGGGUGGGGAUGGGCGGAGAUGGUGUUGGUGCUGGCGCUGAUGGUGUGGAGGGUAGUGGGAGUGGCGGUGGUGGCAGCAGUGCUGGUGGGCGCGUGGGUGGCGAUGGUGGUGGCGGGAGGAGCAGAUGGUUCGAAACGGCCGGUGCCAGUGCUGCUGCUUCUGGUACUUUCGCCUGUGAUAAUCAUGAGAACGGUAUCGACAUUGGUGAAAACGAUCAUGCUGACAGUGGUGACGCUUCUCGGGCGGCUGCUGCUGCUGCAGCGACGGCUGCUGCUGCUCAAGCUGAGCGGAGAGGCAUGGAGGAGAGUGGUGUUAGCAGCGCAAGGGACGGGGGCACGAAGCAGCAGGUGCAGGGGGGGCAGCAGUCACCGGAUAUGGCAUGGCUGCACAACCUCAUCAAAGAGGCACGCAAGGCAACGGUGUCAGCAUCGACUGUGCUCUCUACCUCACAUGCCUCUCAUGCCCCACACGCCUCACACGCCCAUCAUCCUGCUGCUGCCAAACGUUCUGUUACCACUUCUGCCAUAGCAACAUCGGCAGUUACCACAUGUGCCGUGACCCCUCUGGGACACUCCAACCCCAAUGGCCUAGUCCAAUCCUCUGACGGCUCAGCACCAGGAGCAGCCAAGGAAGGAACAGCAGGAGCAGAGGAAGAAGUACUAGCAGGCGGAGGAGGAGGAAUGUUUUCUGGUGCAGCUGCAGUGGGUUCGGGUUCGAGCCUGGGAGGUGGUUUGGCAGCUGUGCUGGGCGCGAGGCAGAGGCUCCAGGCGGCUGCUGCUGCUGUGGCGGCAGCAGGUUCAGGUGUAUCCAGCACAAGAGGCAGAGGCGCAGGGGAAGGUGGGGUGGCGGUUGCAGCGAGGGAGAGAGGGAGGUGGAGGGUUGGUGGUGGAGGAGAGGGGGGAGGGGCCUUGAUAGAACCGCCUGCUUCCUCCUCUGCUGCUGCUUCUUCUGCUGUCUCUGUGCCUCAAGCAAGCCCCUCGCACCCUGCGUCGAAUCAAGUGGUUUCUUCUCUGCAGCUGCACCAGCAGCAGCAGCAGCAAUGGCGGCAGCAGGAAGCGGAGAGCGGAGAUACAAGCAGCAGCAGUGUGGUGCUAUCGACAGAUGUGGCUUCCCAUCCAGUCGUGCCUUCCCCACGUGCAGCAUACAGCACACAAGCAGCAGCCGCAGGUGGUGGUGGUGGUGGUGGUGCUGCUGCUGCUGGGCCUGGCAAGGUUUACAGAAGCAACAGCGGCAGGUGGGGCAGCAGCACUGGCGCUGCUGCUUCUGGUUCUGCUGCAGGUGCUGGAGGAGCAGGGUCUGGAGCCAUGGGCCUGUGGCGCACCGGAAGUGGAAGCAGCAGCAGCAGCAGCAAGAGGAGUGCGGGCAUGGGAGGGCACGAUGGCAGUGGGGGUGGGAAGACGCUAGGAGGUGGCUUAGGGGGAAUGGGAGGGCGAGGAGUGGGAGGGGGAGUGGCGGAGAGGUCAGUGGUUGCAGGGAUGCUGCUGCAGAUGGCUGGAGCCUCUGCUGAGGCGAAGGAGAGGAGGCGAGUUGCUGCAGUUGCAGCAAGGGCGGGAGGGGGAGGGGGAGGAGGAGGAGGAGGAGGGGAAGGAACGAGAGCUACAGCAGCGGUUGCGGUAGCAGAUGGAGCAGCAGAAAGGGAGGGGAAUGCAGGAGUUGUGGGGGUUGGGGAAGGAGGGGCGGUGGGGGAAGUGGGUGUGGGAGUUGCAGGUGGUGUGGGAGGGAUGACAGCGGUUGCAGGAGGAGGGGAGAAGAAAGGGAGGGCUGAGAGGGGGAGUGCUCGCUCGAGGAGUCCCUUGAGGCUUGCUGAAGCAUCAAGCGGCAAGGCCUCAUCCAUCAUCUCCUCUUUCCUCCGCUCUGCGACUGGCUCAAGAGCAGCAGCAGCAUCAGCAGCAGCAGGAGCAACCCCAACUGGCACUGCUGCAACCACCACCACGACCUCCUCUUCCUCCUCUGCCAGGCCAAGCUCGCCUGCCACCGGACUUGCUGCUGCUGCUGCGCCUGCGGGUGCUGCUGCUGGUGGUGCGCGGACUGGGGCGGCAUCAGUAGCAGCUGCUGGCUUCAGCAGCAGUGGUAGAGGGUGGGUGGGCAGCGGUAGGCAUAGCUCCCCGUCCAGUCGAAGAUUCAGAGUCAGAGCAUCCGGAGAGCGCCAGCACGGCGCCUCCGCGAGCAGCAGUAGCGGAGGGGGGACGGCCAGAACGACGGGCGCGGGGAGCAAUGACGGCGCAGAGUCAAUCGCUGAGUGGAAGAGGCGAGCAGCGGAAGCGGGCGCGCACUUCUUCCCCCUGCAGCGCGCGGAAGACGCCCCCAGCAGGGACGAGCUGCACCGCCGGAUUCUCGGGUCCAACGUGAGCAACGGGUGGUGGGCGGGAGGGGUGGGGCCUUCUCAGGAAGUCGCUGCUCGAGUUUCCAUGGGGAAGGGCUUGACGGACAAAGGGAGGUCAGGCAGGGUAUCGCAGAAAAAGGGCUUUCCUCUGCCGCUGAUGGCGUAUGACAGCACGCUGCUCUCCACGGCCAACGGCACCCUGGGCAACACCAUGGUCAACUACAGCACCACCCUUGAUAACAACAACAAGAUCCCCCUCGCCGCGUAUCCGUACUAUGUGACGCUCAAGCUGGGGUCGCAGAAGCAGCGAUUCAGCAUGGCGCUCAACCUCGCUGUGCCCGACACCUUUGUGCCCUGCGACUGCCUGCACUGCGGCUCCAUGCGCAAGGGGACCACCACUAGCAAGCCCUUCACCAUGCUCUCCUCCACAACCCUCAAGUACAUCUCCUGCAGCGACCAGCGCUGCCAAACGGGCAUGGACACAACGUACGGCUGCAGCACAGAAGGGUAUCCCAACUACAUCAACACUACGGGCUGGCUGCCUGGGGACGACGCCCUGUGCGUGUACAGUGGAUGGGCUGGACCGCUCGACUACUAUGAAUCUGAUUUUGAUGCAAACUCGUACCUUCAGUCGGUGGGGCAUGUGAUGGAGGACACCGUCUACCUCACUGCACCUGACGGUACCGAAGUCAACCGCUCCAUCAUUCUAGGCUGUGGAAUGUACCAGUUCGGCCACUGGGGCAUGCAGGGGUGGAUGUACGGCUCGUGGUCAGCAGGAGGCGUGCUGGGGCUGGGGUGGUACAGUCCUUUCCUGCAGCAACUCACUGGCCCUAAUGACCCAACCACCGUGGCGCUGUGUUUGGAGGCCACGCCCACGAACGAGACGGGGUGGGAUGGCCAGGUGCCGCUGCAGACAGGCAGCAGCCAUCUCACCAUCGGAGCCACCGGCCUCCCUGCCGGCGCCAGCUACGCCAAAACGCUACAAAAGACCGGAAUGCAGUACAGCCACAUCACACUCACCACGGCCUCGCGCAAACUCAACAUCACAGACGACCCGUCCAACGUAGAAGGGGACUCGUCCUUCCUGCCUUCAGAGGCGCCUGCUGACAUCAAGCCAGGUUUCUUCUUCAUGCCCGAGUCCUUCGUGCAUCUUCUGCGCUACCCUCUCCUCAUCAGCCUCUUAGACGGGCUUCAAGAAUUGACGGGUCUACAACUCUACGAUGACGGAACUUUCUCCAACGAGUUUCGACUUGCGUGCUUCACCAACGAGGACGACACGGAGGAUCCAUUCACCCUCUUCCCCACCAUCGACAUUGCUUUCCUGACUCCAGGCAACACCAAUGCCACCUCCCACUUCUAUCUCAAGCCUCAGGAUUACCUCGCUCAGGUUACGACUUCUGAAUACUGCGUUAUGGCCAUGUUUACUCCCUCCCAAAAUACCUACGUCAACUACAUUGGAGAGCCGGCGCUGUUCAACAAGUACCUCUUCCUCGACUACACCAAUGGGACUGCAGGAUGGAUAGAUGCUCCUAAAUGUGGAGCUGAGCCCCUGCUGCCGCCGCCCUCCCCUCCUCCACCACCAACCCCUGUUUCCAAAACAGCCACCCACUCCCUCUCCCCGCUACCGGCAGCACUCUCAGCUGCUGUUGUCCUUGCCACCUCCGUCGCUCUGCUUGCUCUCACUCUCCUGUAG